CCGCCCGCGGGGAGGAGGCGCGCUCGAGCGGAGGCGGCGGCGGCGGCGGCGGCGGCGGUUGGGAAAAUGGACCCCUAUGAAAGUGGGGAGGAGACUGCAUUUAUUGUUGAUGAAGUAACAGGUAUCAUUACAGAGUCAAUAGAGACUGUAAUUGGUGAAAAUGGGUAUCAGGCAAGCAGAGUAAACCACUGGACAAACAGUGUGAUGGAACUCAGUCUACGUCAACUCACCAGACUGGGCAAACCCUUCAAGUACAUUUUGACCACUGUGAUAAUGCAGAAGAAUGGAGCUGGUCUGAGCGCAGCUCAUUCUUGCUACUGGGACGCUAAUACUGACGCGAGCUGCACUGUGAGAUGGGAGAAUAAUACUAUGUAUUGUAUUGUCACUGUGUUCGGGCUGGGCAUCUGAAAUCUCGAUGACUGCCAGGCACCACAAUGAAGACCCUGCCUGUGAAGCAGAAAUGAGUGUAAUACUAAUGAAAGGGUGUAACAUUUACUAUUGGACACCCUCUUCACUACAUCUUACCUUCAGUAUUGCUUUGUUGCAAAGUUACAUUUUUAUCUGCCAGCGUUUUAAUUUUAUGUUGCUCAUUAAGGAACAGUUAACACCAGUUUCAUGUAAAGUUGCUACUUUAAAAUAAAUAUGGAGUGUUUAAUUUAA